AUGUCUGGCAAAAUAAUAAUCAAACCGCGUCAAAAACGACAAGCUGCUGGCUCUCCCCCUGCCGCAUCGGAACCAGGACCAUCGCGCGCCUACAGUCCCAAGCGUGAGACUCAAACACCCGAAACGCCAGCCGCAGAUGACUAUGUUAUGGACGAGGAUGCGCCCGAGGCACAAGAAGAGGAGGAUGGAGAUGACGCCGAUGUCGUGCUGGAAGAUGAGGCGGAAGAGGACGCGUACGACGAACCGGAGCCCGUGCCGAUGAAGCGCCCGCGAGGACGGCCACGCGGACGUGGUCGCGGUGCACUCGUCGGCAGCGCACGUGCUACGCCCGGCAGAGGUCGAGGAAGGGGAAGAGGCCGUGGUAGAGGGAGAGGUCGCGCCGUGACUGUGAAACUGCCAGGAAAAGGCGAGGGCUCAGAAAACGAGGGAGAGGUCGAGCACGAGGUCUUUAUCGAACAGGCGCCGCCAUUCGUCACUGUUCAUGGGAGGACUUAUCCCGUCGAGGGAGACGAACUGCAAUGUGACGACGAUCCUAUCGGAGAAACGAAGAUUGAUAAGGACGGGAAUCUACAAGGCGGUCGUAGAUUCAAGGCUGGGACGUUCCUAUUGCCUACGCGCCACGCGACGAAGAAGUUUAUGCUCGCUAUCGACGCCGCUCGUACAUCAGGCUUCCGCGACUCCUUAUACUAUUUCCGAAGGAAUCCGCUCGCGUACAAGCUCAACGCGACCCAAUGGGAGAAGGAGUAUCUCAUCGAACAUGGCAACCUCGGAACGCAUUUGCGCACGCGUUCUGUGACUCUCGUUGCUGCAAGAACCGUCUUCAAGCUUCACGGGUCGAAAACCAUUCUCGGUGGACGAUAUGUUGUUGACGACUAUUACGAGGAGAAGGCAAAGGUUCUGGCAGCUGAGAAGGGCGCACAGCCAGGAGACCCCGUACUUGAGCCUGCAGACGCCUCAACGAACGCGUCCGCUGCGGAUAUGGCAGCUAUCGCCGCUGCCGGCAAGAACGAACGCGGAGGUGGACUGGGGAUGUACCGCGCCGGUGGUCCGACAACGCUCUUCGGUGGACCUGGUUGGGGGCCGUACUCUGAUGGCCCGUUGAACGCCGUACGCAAGAGUCUCCUCACACGCGACGGAGUAAACGAGGAGAACUGGAUGGCGGUCGCGGCGCAGCGUACAGCAGACGCAAGCGCGCAAUGGGCUGCUCAACGAAAAGCGCGUCUAAAGCCUGCAGGUGGCCUCGUUUCGGAGAAGCGCGAGAUGGAGGAGGGAGAGUCUGACGCCGAAAGUGCGCACGCGCUCGGGGUAUACGAGCCUCAUACGCACCUCGUCUACACUCGCGACGACAAACAACCCACGCGUGCACGUUGGGAAGCCGCACCGGACUCUCUCGAAAAGCAAGUGUUGAGCGGUACAAAGGCGGGCAACGGCGCAUGGGCGCUUGCCUGGGUCGAUACAAUCAUGGAGGUACCCGCCCAACAAGACGAGGAUAGUAUCGUCGUCAAGCCGCCCGUCUCAGCGUCUACAGUCCCUACAUCCGAUCCUCCGGCGGCUCAUUGA